AUGGCUAGUGAGGAGAGUUUCGUAGUGUUGGUUCACCACAGAGGAUCCAUUAAGAGGAAAACUCGUUCCGGUGUGAAGUUCACUAAUAAGGAUCCUCUCUGUAUUAUCGUCAAGCCUACGACGAGGUAUGAGGACCUUGUUAGCUCUGUACUGCUGAAACUUGGUCUAGAAGGUGUGAAACGGGUUAAGAAGUUUUUUUAUCAAAUUCCAAUCACGGUGCUCCAGGAAACCGUGAAGUACGAUUGUUUCACAAUCGGGAGUGAUGAGGACUUGCAUGUCAUGUUUCAUUGUCGCCGGCAGUUUCCAGAGGUGAGGACACCAGAACUUUUGGCAAAGUUGGUUGACGCGGUGUCCAGCUCGAGGGGUUCAAACCGGAAUACCACCACUUUAGCCACGGUAGCCGGUUCUAGCUCCAGACCAGCCGUUGCAUCUUCCUCCAUCCCUGCGUACGAGCCACCCGUCCAACCUGUCGUCUCUCCAUCGUUCGCUGUUGAUCUCAACAGCAGGGUAGGCGACGAGGUCGGAGAAGGGGAAUAUCUGCGGACCUCUUUACAGUGUGCUGUACCGGCUGGGGUUGGAGAUGGAUUCUUGGAUGAUCCAGAGGACGAUGAUGUCGAGCCGGAUAUGAUUGCUGAUGACAGUGGCGAUGAUGUUGGAGCAAUUGAGCCUGCUGGGGCGGGCGGUGGUUCUAGCUCUGGCACGCAGCAGUACCCUCCACAUUUUUCCUCUUUGGACUUGGAUGCCAUGAGGCAGGAGGGGUUUCCUGGGCAGCCGGCUGGAUUUUGCGCUAGAGAUGCUGAAGGGUCUGCAGGUCUGACAGAGUUUCAGCGAAAGGGAGUUUGGGAGGUCAAACGUUACAACGGACCGCAUACUUGUCUCGCCACCUCCAUUUCCAGCGACCACAGGAGUUUAGAUUACCAUGUGAUAUCAGCAUUCAUUAUGCCAAUGGUUAGGGCUGAUGCAUCCGUCAGUAUCAAUGUGCUCCUAAAUGCCACCGCCACACACUUUGGGUUUAGGCCGACUUACAGGAGGGUCUGGUUGGCGAAGCAGAAGGCUGUUGCCCUCAUCUAUGGUGACUGGGACGAGUCGUACAACGAGCUCCCAAGGUGGGUGUUAGGAGUCCAGUUGACGAUGGCUGGUACAGUUGCAGUCCUAAGGACGAGCCCUGUUCGUGUCGGUGGAUACAAGUAUGGGGGAACGUUGCUUGUCGCGAUUGCACAGGACGGGAACUCCAACAUACUCCCUGUUGCAUUCGCAUUAGUCGAGGGUGAGAAUGCUGAGUCGUGGUCCUUCUUUUUCUCCCACCUGCGUGAGCAUGUGACACCGCAGCCGGGUCUGCUGGUUAUCUCGGACAGGCAUAACGGCAUCAAGGCUGCGCUUGAGGCUCCUGACGGAGGCUAG